GGCAAGAAGGUGAGGGCGACCCCCCACUGGAGUCUGGGUACCACCCUCGCGACGAUUGAGGAGAUGACCAUUUUCGGGGGAAAAGGACUGGCACCGGAAAAACGGGAUGGCGCGAUGGUUGUCACCUCCUUUCUACUCCAGUGGCCCGGAAAUGCCUAUAGACGUAAGGGAUGGGGUGUCUGUUGUUCUCCCGGAAGAAGGGACGUGGAUCGACCUGGAGCCAACUUAUGAAACUGUGAUGCUGGACGAGAAGGACGCGUUCCUCUGGAUAGAGACAACCUGGACUGAGGUCAGCGUGACAAGACUUUCAUCCAGCCUGAUGGACCUAGAGUUCCGGGGAACAGUGGAAGCUCGAGGAUGGGUCUACGUAUCUCAGGAAAUGGAAAAUGCAAUGGUAGUGGGACUAGUAUUGGGCACRGCACCAGAACAGUUGUUUAAGCAAGCGGAACGGGAGGUGAUAUGGGCAGCAUGUCAACGGGCGGAAAUGGAGAUGGAAAGGAUGGAGGUGCGAGUGGAACUUAGGACAAUGAGGUGUGUGUUACCCCCGUUUCUGGUAAAUGAUGUCUUCGGAACCAGGGAUAGAUUGGAGCGGAUAUGUCGGUCGAUGACGUGCCUGAGGCUGUAUCAAUGUGCUAGACAGGACUUCUUUAGGCUGUCGGUGGAAGCAGGGCCGUUUGAAGGAAACUGGGGGGAAGAAUUAGCUGAGGUGUUAAACCUCCGCAGCGCGGACAAAAUCUUUGUUCCCAGCUCGGUGCAUUGGCAGAUAGUUUACCGGAAUGUGGCGGCGGGUGAAACUUUCCUGGAGGGAGUGAAAGAGUUGUUCUUGGACGAGGAGGGGGAUUCCAUGCGGAUCGUGAGCCAGAAGAUCGAAGGCGAGUGUGCGAUGGCGCGAAGAAGGACGUUCCUUGAGGCACGCCCCUUGGGCAUUGAACCACCUAGGGAAGUACCGGGUGGAGUAGAGGUUAGCUUGCCGGCGGCAAGUGAAGGCUGGCACCAGGUGGCAGAUUGGGUCGGGGUCGAGCUUGCGGAAAAUAUGGUUUACUUGGUGACGAAAGUUGAAUGGCGUGCGGAUGAGAAUAAGGAAUGGAACCUGGACCCACCGAGGCAUGUGCGUGCAGAAGGACGGUUGUAUGUGUCAGAGGAUGGGUGGAGGGAGUUCGGAGUCCGACUGGCAUCAGGAGAAGACCCAUUGAGCAUGUUUGAAGGAGCAUGGCAGUUAGUAUGGCGAGCGGGAUUUGAAUUCGCAGAUCCGGGGGUUGACGAUGUACCAGAGGACCUUAGGGUAGCCAUGGUCGGGAGUUUCGAAUUGCCUAGUGAAAAUAUACGAAUGAGGCUGCUGCCCUUCCUGCUGGAAAAGCUGGGCGGUCUGGGACUUGUUAGACGAGCAGUAGCCGACCUCGCAAGCCUGACAUGUAAAGAUGCGAUGGUACAUCGAGAAUACUAUCGGGCCUUCCUAGAAAUGGGCCCGUUCAGUGGAGAGCAGAAGUAUGAGGUGCUGCGCAUCCUGCGUGCUGUGUUUAGCACCAGGCCGAGGGCUCCGGUCGUGGGAGAUGAGGUCCUGUGGGGUGUCAUCCGACGGGAAAUAAGUCAAGGGAUGGUGUACAUGGAUGAUCUGUACCGAUUGUUUGGUAAAGGAAUAGCGAUGGAGGAAGAAAUCGAGGAUCAGCAGAGCAAAGGGAAUCAGGGCACGAAUGGGGAUGGGGAACGAAACGAAGGAUCAGCCAGGGAUCGAGAGUCAGGCAAACUACAAGGAACCCGAGAAGACGGAAAGGACGCCUCAACUAGAGAAAGCUCGGGGAAAGCUGGGGGUAGCAAAAGGGGACCUCAGGAAAACAGGGAAGGGGGAAAUGAUGUGAGAACAAGCCCUCGGAACUCAGCAGGAGCCACCCCUAAAAAAACGAAAGUCUCGGAUGUCAGUCGUAAACUGGCAGAGAUAGAAAAGCGGACUGCAGAAUUUAGGGCAAGGCUUAUCGAGCAGAUGAUGGUCGGGGAUGAGGAGGACCACCAGGGUGCAAGGUCACGUGAGGGCCGCAGGACCGGUCAGGACGAGGCCAGCCAUAGGGAAAGAGUGCUAGGAUGGUUCGACCCAGAAGGAAUGUCGAAAACCAAGGAGAAGCAAAGGGAAAGCAAGGAAGGGGAAGGGACAAGUGCAGCCGGAGAAGCUGGUGGCUCCGAAGAUGGUUUCAAGAGGGUAGUCGCCACCCUCACCAAGACACUAAACAAGAACCAGGGGUAUCUUGCAGUUGCAAAGAAGAAACUCACGUUCGAUGAGGCCAACAUUACGGAGUUUCUAAUAGAUUAUGAGAACCUAGCAGCCUUACUGAAAUGGACGGAAGAGGAAAAGAUGGAGCACCUAGGGCAGCACGUGUCGCUAAGCUUCGGAAGGGACACUAUGGCCAUCGUCGCCUCCAGUGGAUCCUGGAAAGAAACCAGGAAUGAGAUGAUGAGGAAAUACCUGAAGGCAGAGAAAAUGGCAACAGAGGCCGAAUUAACCGCAGCGCAAGCGUCCAGACCCGCCCUCCCGCCCCAAGAGGCCGUGGUUCCGGCAGCCGUAGCAAACCGGGGAUUUGGCAGGAGGGACCCGACCAACGAACAAUGCAAGUAUUGCACCAUGAUCGGGCAUUUCGUACGGGCCUGUCCGAGACUCAAUCACGAUUACAAACGGCAGAGGUGCAGUAGGUCCCUCAAAGGCGAGAUCCUCGGACCCCGGGGGGAGCGUGUCAAUUGGAACUCGCCAGGAGGGAUGUGGCGAGCCGUCAUCCUCCUGAAUAACUUAGAAAUAGCCGAUGAAGCAGAGCCGAUAGCCGAGAUUGUCUGGGACCAGCCUAGGGGACGGGGACCACAAGCCAAUUUUAUCCUAGAAGGCAAUGGCCAGGAUAGGGCAAAUAUCACCACUCGCCGGGCCGGCGCAGAAAAGAAGCUUAUUCAAGAUACAGUAAUGGAAGAACUCGCAGGGAUUAGCACGGGCCAGCAAGAGACCAAAGCCGGGGAACAAGAGAAGGUCUAUGGGAAGCCAAGGGAGGACGAACUGGUAGACAAGGCUACAACGGCAAAAAAGAAGUUCAGAUACCAGAUUUCGAUUCAGACGCUGCCCGAAUUAGAUGACACACUGAGCAAACUCUUGGGCACCAUGGUGUCAGUAUCCUUCCAGACCAUGCUGCAGGCAAGCCCGAGACUGCUCAAGGGCCUCAGGCAGCUAUUGACGCGUAGACGUGUAGAAGUAGAGGACGCUCCGGAACGACAGGAACAAGGAGGCGCCACAAGGAAAAUGAUUGGCAUGCACUUGCAUGACAGCACGUACAUGGUAGACAUAGAGGAUCCGGUGACAGGUCCCGAAGAACUCCUCCGACUCCUCGGAACUGGAGGGUACUCUCCCAAGGGUAAACUGGCAACCUGGUCGCCGACGUUUGAAGAAAGUGCACGGAAAGGCGCAAUCGCACGCAUGGAAGGGGAAGAAACUCAGUUGAUAAGAAAGGCAUGUCAGGAGUUUCAUUUAGCUUUCGCUUUCAACGAUCAUCAGAAAGGGCGAUUGGACGCAAAGCUAGUUCCUCCUGUGAGGAUCCACACCGUACAUCACGAGUGUUGGAAUGAUAAAGGGCCCGCCUAUGAGUUUGGGAUAGCAGCGGAGGUCACCGACCUGCUUAGAGCCAAGAUAGAUUCUCUCGUGGCUGAACCCACCGCAUCCCCCUACGCGAACAAGUGGUUCGUGUUCAGGAAGCCCAAUAAGACGCUCAGGUGGAUCAAGGACCUGCAAAAGCUCAAUGCGGUAACAAUUAGGGACGCAGGCUCGCUCCCACAGGUCGACUUGUUGGGGCGGAGCAUUUACUCCCUGUUAGACUUGUACUCAGGAUAUGAUCAGUUGCCGCUCGAUGCGAGGGAUAGACCGUACACCGCAAUGCACACCCCCGUAGGACACUUGCAGAUGCAAGUGACCCCUAUGGGCUUCACAAAUGCAGUAGCAGAGGCGCAGAGGAUGAUCGUCGUUGCAGGAGAUAUGUUUCCGAAAAAGUGUGAACCUUGUAUAGAUGACAAUCCUGUAAAAGGUGCAAGAUACAAGGACGAGGCGGAGGUCCAACCGGGCGUACGGAAGUUUGUUUGGGAUCACUUGCAGGAUAUUAAGGAUCUGCUCCAGCGAUUCCUAGUCUACAAUAUUACUGCAAGCGGACCCAAGAGUAUCUUGGCUGUUUCGAAGGUAACUAUACUGGGAUUUCGCUGUGGGGCCUAUGGGAGGAGACCCGACCCAGCAAAGACAGAUAAGAUCUCUCAGUGGCCGACACCCCUACGUACCACGACGGAAGUACGAGCCUUCCUAGGGGUGGUUGGAUUCUGGAGGAUCUUCAUCAAAGGUUUCGCAAAGAUAGCAGAACCUAUCCGCGCGAUGAUUAGGGAAGGUGGCACUAUGGAUUGGACCGAGGAUAGGGAAGAGGCAGCCCAGACCCUCAAAGACAUCCUGUCAUCCGAUCAGGUUACUCUAGCAGCACCCUGUUUUAAUGACGAGGUAGGACGACCCUUCAUCUUAGAAAUAGAUGGGGGACCGCAGGCAGUUGGAGGAGUAUUGAUACAGAGAAGCGAGGAGGGUAAGGAAAGGCCAAUCAGAUUUGAAAGUAGGACCCUGAAUUCGGCAGAACGGCGGUACUCACAGUUCAAGAAGGAGGUCUUAGCGAUUCUGCAUUAAGGAGUAGAGGACGCGGAACCAAUUGACGCCUUCCUGGAGUAUGAAGGAGGGACCCUUGUGGUGGAUAAUGAGAUGGCAGACCCAGCAAUUACAACGGGUCAGUUGCUGAUUCAGACCUUGGAAAAAGGCGCGCCUCCAGUAGUUGUAGAACUCAGGGAAGGACCGGCCACCACAGUCAGGCGUAAAGAGGAGAAGGACUCGUGGGGAGCAGAAGUAGGGGCCAGAGAAGAGCUGAUGGCGAUGGCCGUGGAAGGGGGACGGGACGCCGUGAUGACAUUGGCCGAAACCUGGGCACAGAAGGAGUGUCAGUACCUAGUCAAUCUCACUCGGGAGGAGCGGGGUACGGAUCAGAACGAACAGGAAUUCUUCCUCAUACAGAUGUACGAGGGCGUCUUCAAAGAAAUCGGCCUGUUGCUUGUAGGGAUCAAACAACCUACGGAAGUCAGUCCCAAGGCAAGGGAGGAAGUAGAAAAAUACAUCUUGGAUGCCAGGGAUAAUCUCAGUGGCUAUGUAGAAGCCGUAGCCCUCAAAAAGAAGACGGGGAAAUCAGUGGCCGAUUGGGUGGAAGAUUUUUACCUAAGACACCCCUUCGUGCCCAGGUUUAUAGCAGACAAUGGGACAGAAUUCGUUAACCAGGAGGUAUUGAACAGGCUUAAGACACUGUGUGUACCAAUCAAGAUCACUGAACCCUACCACCCGGAGGCAAAUGCACCAGUAGAAAGGGGGCACCGGACCUUGAAAAACACAAUCGCUAAGCUUGCAGCAGACAACUUGAGGAACUGGCCACGGUACCUUAAGUUGGCAGUCUUCUCUGAGAACAUGACACCAAAGAGAACGACGGGAUGCAUUCCAGCGGAGCUAUGGUAUGGAAGGGAGAUUGACUUCCCAGUGGAGGCCCUCGUCCCUACUUGGAACAUGUUAGACGAUAAUCCGCACUUCACCACGGAGGAGUUAAUCACCGCACGUUGCCAGCAGGUCGCCAGGAAUGAGGAGGCAUUGGAGGAAGUAGUUAACCGUGUAACAGAUAGCCGAAUGAAGGACAAAGCAAGGUGGGAUCAGGUCAAGAACAUUCGGAAAGAGCCACUCCAGGUGGGGGAGAAAGUGUUAGUUAGAAUCUCGACUCUUGAAAGCACAUGGUCUGGGCAACUGGGAAAGAGAUUCAAAGGGCCUUACAGGAUCGCUAAGCGGGUGGGACUAAAUACGUUUGAACUUGAGGAUCUUGAUGGUACUAGCAUAAGAGGACCAUUUCCGGGACAGAGACUGGCCAGGCCGGAAGAGGGACAGUCGUCAAGGCAAGCUGGAGAGUCGAGCUCCAGAAAAAGGAAGUUGUAUGUGGGGUUCGACCACAACCUAGUUGUGAACAGGGGGGGCAGAAAGCAUGGAACCAGAGGACCGCCACCACUGAAGGAAGGGGAGCCAAUAGAGCUGCCUUCAGACAGUGAUCCUAGUAGUAAGGAAGAAGGGAACCCGAAAAAAAGGCGAAGGAUGGAGGAGGGGAACCCAGAGGAAGGACAACGGCCGGGAGAGAAUGAGCCCGUUGAGUUCAUUGACCUCACCAGCGACGAGGAGGAAGAUGAGGUAACAACGCCCACAAGGGAAGAACAGGAAAGAGGGGAGCAGCCGGGUGAGAAAAAGGACAAAUGGAUAGAAGAGUUCGGACCUGAGUUCAACGGUUGGUUUGAUCAAUGGGGCACUAUCUUGCGAUAUCAAUGGAUUAUGAACGCAAGGGAAAAGCUGGGCAGGGGAGAGGAUCUAUCCCCAACAACCUUCUUCACAGAACGGACACUCCUCCAGUUCCAAGGAAUAAAGAGGCAAAUGGAGCAAGAAAUGGAGGAUCGCGCAAGGAGCGAGGCUCAACGCAGGCCACCUGGACGAUAGAGGCACAGCAGGCGUAAUGAGGAAUAGCUACGAGUUGGGAGGGUUUGGUCCCUGGGUAGUCAGAGCUGCCAUUUUGGACUUCG